AUGUCCUCACAUACCCUAAUUACUUCAAAUUCCUUACCAAUCAACGACACAUUAAUUCGUGCUGCUAAAGGCUUGCCCGUUGAUCAUGUUCCUGUUUGGAUAAUGCGUCAGGCCGGUAGAUACCUACCUGAAUUUAGAGAAAUUCGACUAGAGUAUGACUUUUUCACUAUCUGCCAAUCCCCAGAAUUGGCUUGCGAAAUAACACUUCAACCGGUGAACCGGUUUCCCGUUGACGCAGCAAUUAUAUUUUCGGAUAUCUUGGUCGUUCCACAGGUCCUGGGUCUCCAGGUUGAUAUGGUUCCUGGCGCAGGACCAAGGUUUCCGCGCCCAUUAUCUGAUCCGUCUGAUUUGUGCAGGCUUACUUACGGAAUAGAUGAUGGAUUGAAAGCUGCCGAAAAGCUGGGCUACGUCUACGAAGCAAUAAAGAUGGUGCGUCGGCGUCUGGCUGGAAAAGUUCCUCUUAUUGGAUUUGCGGGUGGCCCUUGGACUUUAAUGUCAUAUAUGAUUGAGGGUAGCAACAUGCGCUACAUUAAAAGGCAGAUCAGUGGGCUCAACCAAUUGAUGGAAUGUCUCCAGUGUCAAGUGCCUAACGUUGGCACAGCAAUCCAUUCGGUAGGUGGCAUUCCAAUCCAUUCAUAA